UUUAUAGAAUCACUACUCAUUAGUAAAGUCCAUUGUUUUGAAUACAUAUAACCUCUAUAUAUUUUAUCAAUUUAAAUAUUAUGUAAAAUAAAUUGGUAAUUACUAAAAUGAACGCUUUAGUGUAGGAAUGUUGUGAUUCAAAAUGGCUGUUAACACGACAGACGAUAAUGUAAAUGUGACCGAUUCUAGUCCAUUGAGUGUAACUGACGAGAUAUUUUCAACUAUAAAUGGAUUGCUGAAUAAUGCCACAAACAUUUCCCCAGGUGUUAGUGUGAACACACCGAAUGUCGAUGAUAUUACAAGUAAAAGGAACGCUUAUGCCACUACAGACGAAACCACUGUCGGGACGUCAUACUUUGACAAAGACACAAGCGUUACGUUUACUGAUGGCAUCACCGGUGGAAUAUCUACAGAUAGAACAAUAGGGACAUUCGAAAGUGCUUCCAUCUCGCCUGUAGUAGUUGAAGUUGUGGUUCCUAUUUUAGUCGUGAUAAUUGUAGUGUGCGUCGUUUUAUUUUGUUGGUACAGAAGACGAAGAGGUGGUACAGAUAUCAUCAGGGUAUGGCACGUCCCUCGAACACAAAGUAUACCAGUAGAAAUUCAGAAAGCAAGCUGGUACGAAGACGAGCAGGAAGCGGAAGAUAACGGUGGAUUCAACCCCUUCUUAGAACUACAACCGAACAUUCAUUUGAGUACCAUAAUCGGCUUUGGCAAUGGUGACGAACAUUUUCCAUCUAAAGUUAAAGAUGACGUAGGAGAAAAAGCAUCUGACGUUUCCUGCACGGACUCCAAUUCAGAAGUUACAAGUACGGAAAUAACGGAAAGCAAGGCAAUUAGAGGUGACGUUAUGACGAACGUUUCUGUUCUAAGAAAGUCAGCAGAAUCUUCGGUAGAAUUUCAAAUAAAUCAAAGCUUAGAAGGUGACUAUGAUCUAGCAGAACCUAUUGGUGACAAAGAAACCGCAUCAGAGAAUGGUGACACUAAGUCAGAUAACACCGAGGAACCCAACCUAAAUAUAAGUAAAGAUGACGGUAACAUGGGUGCUGCAAAUGGAAUCGAUGGCGAUGAUGUAUACAUUGCAAUGUCAAUAGAAACUAAGAACGAUGACACUGAACAAUUGCAGAGAGUAAAAUUAAGGAACAAGGAAGAAAAUUCUAGACAGAUGUAUGCCAAUAUUGAAAUACGGGAAGUCCAAAGUAUGACAAAUGUACCACUUAGUAACGAUGGAUCGGGGUUGCAUUUGCCUAAAAGGGGUGCCAGUGAGUCUAAAAUGCAUACUACUAGACCACCAAUAGCUCUGCCAAGAGUAUCGAAAAAGAGAAGUCGAGACAUCUACGACCCAGUGCCGGAAAUUCCAAAUAUAAUACCAAAAGGUAACACUCCAAUGAGCACUAACCAUAGUAAGCAUGUACAAAAUGGAGAACAAAACACAAACGAUGAACGCAUAACUGACGCAUAUGAUCCUGUUGAGAUAGUCAAUGGUGUUACAAAUGAAUAUUCUGAUACAGAAAACAAUGUAGAAGAUGACAUUUAUGAUUAUCCAAGAAAUAACAGUCAAGUGGUUUAUGAGGAUGAGGAAGAGGGUGGUGAUAUUUAUAAAGUUCCACCUUCAGAGCAUACAUAAAAUGAAAUACUGAUAUGUGUAGUCCAAAGCCGUAUGUUUGUUUGAUUAUAUACUUUUGACAUUAUGGACAUUUGUGAUUUCAACUAAUGGACGUAGAUUAGGCAGUUAAGCUUCAAGCUUUAAAGCUCUAUUUGGUGUUAUAGAUAUCUGUAAUCUAUUUAUAAUUAUUUUUUAGAGAAUUAAUAACUUUUUUCAAAUAUGUAAUCAUACUUUGAUAACAAUGAUAUACAUGUACAUUCUUACAACCAAUGUUUGUUUUGUUACAUAAUGGAACUUGUCAAUUUGACAGUCAAAAUGAUUCAUAUACUAUCUUUUGAACUGUGUAGAUCCCAUUUUCACCCAUUAUGUAGAAGCAAUCUUGCUACAUCCAUUUCUGGAAAAGGGACAUAUGUACACUUGGUUCUUCUGUUAAUCCAACACUUGUAUAAUUCGAGCAACUUGAACAAAUACUAAACUCUAUUUUCAUUGUACGUUCAAGUGCACUGUUCUUUGUUUUGCUGUUGUUGAGGUUUUUAUUAUUAUUAUUGGGGGUGGGAUGGGGGUCAUUAUCUUGGAUUUAUCUCGUCAAUAAAAGUGACCGCCCGGUCACCAACAUUCCAGUCAACGAGCCAUUGCAAAUUUUAUAUCUAAAAUGUGUUUUUGUUGUUUUGUUGUUUUUUUCAAUCCAAUUACAAAUCGUAAGCACUAACAUAAAGCUCCUAAUGCAAAAUAUAAAAAAAUGUUCGAACCUUUCCGGAGGUCAAAUUUGAAGUAAUUUGACAAUGAGAAUAAUCUAUAAUUUCGUGUCAAUACAUUUAACUAUUUUUGAUACAUUUAACUAUUUUUGACUGAUUGGAAAUUUUGAAUAAAAAUGUCAGGUUACCAGUUGAAUCAAAAGUUUAUAAACAUAUAAAAUUUCGUCUUUAAUACAUGUAUGUACCAAUGAUUGUAAGAUAAAACAUAACAAUUGUGUAUAAUAAUUAAAUUGUAAUGUUUAAACAUUGUUUGUUUCGUUGAAUACUAGUAAGUUUAUCAUUAGCUUUGCAUUUCUGGCUUCGGUAUAUAUACCAGCGAUUACAUGAUGUCCGGAUGUUUCGCUAUGUAAAAUACUACUUUGUUACAUUUUGCUUCUUUAAUGACAUUUAUCGCUACUUUCUUCAGGUAACAAGCAUCUAACAUGCUCCAAACCCAUUAUUUAAACAUUAUAAAAUUCAUGUCUCCCCUUUCUUAAGAAAAAAAAUAUUUCCGAGACAUAAUGCGCAAAUACGUGGGAUAACAAUAUUGUAUUUUUUAUCAUGAUAUCAAAGAUACAUGAACAUGAAUGUCUAAGCAAUUGUACAGUAACAACACUAUAUGAAAGUCUAAAGUAAUGGUAUAAAUAUGAGCCGUGCCAUGACAAAAUCAACAUAAUGGGUUUGCGACCAGCAUGGAUCCAGACCAGCCUGCGCAUCCGCGCAGUCUGAUCAGGAUACAUGCUGUUCGCUUACCAACCCUAUUACAAG